AUGUUGCAACCAUCCUAUAAAUCAUUACAAAGACAACUACGAAGACUACCACUACCUACAAAUGCAAUUAAAGACGGAUCAGCUGUGCUAAAGCAUCGUUAUAAGUUAGGUAAAACCAAAAUAUUUGAAACAAUAUUCACCCAAAUACUACAAUAUGAAAAAUACCACAAGAGUAUACCACUACUAUUAGAUGCAAUAUAUAAAGAUAGCAAACCUAAAUGGUAUAGAGAUUUUAUAAAUAUUCCAUAUAUGCAAGUUAAAAAGGAUUGGCCAACAAUGCAUAUAAUUGAUGAGCUUACCAAAGAUACUAAGACCAUCUCAAUGUAUCAUGAAAAAUUACAGUCACCUUUUAGAUUGGUUGAUCAUGUCAAAGGUAAAGAUAAAGUUAAAAAGAAUGCAUUUCCAAUUUUCACAAAAUACAGUGAUCAAACAUCUUCAGUCCCACGGCUAAUUAAUGACGUUGAGAAAGCUUAUAAGUUUUUAAUGAAUGAAUCAAUCUUCAAUUUGACUAAGCAUCCAUUCGAAGUAAUACAUCUACCUACAAAAAUGGGAACACCAGAACACCCAGUUGGUCUUGACACAAAUUUACGAGACACGGUUACGUUACAUUAA